UCAUUAAUUUAGUAUCUUGUAUCAGAAUUUAGAAAUCAGAAUCCUAUAUAUAAUUUGCUUCAUACUUGGCAUUUAUUUAUUGUUUUUAUAAUGCUACCACUAUAAACAGUUCAUAAUCAACUUAUGGAUAUCAUUCAUUAGAAGACUGCGCGGGAAUUAAAAAUGUUUCAAAAUUGUUCACGAAGUUCUUUUCAAGGAAAAAUCGUAGAGAUACCUGGGUUACACGUGGAUAAUUUUGAAUAUGUAGAAUUUACAACACCAAGAGCAUAUUUCUUAAGUCAUUGCCAUUCUGAUCAUAUGCAAGGUCUACAUUCACCUUACUUACUUAAAUAUAUAAAAGAAAAAAACAUAUUUAUUUACACAACAGAAUUGUCAUAUGCCAUUAUUAAAGAUAUUACAAAGGAUGACACAUUAUUAGACUACAUAAAAGUUUUGAAAUUAGGAUCAACACUUGUUACAUUAGAGGGAAUACCAGAAAAAAAUAUUGACGAAACAUAUGUGACAGUUACACUUGUACCAGCGGGACACUGUGUAGGAGCAGUUAUGUUUUUAUUCCAAACUAUAAAUACUACAGUAUUAUUUACGGGUGACUUUCGAAUAAAUGAAAAAGAUAUUUAUAAAUAUGCAGGUUUGCAUGAUGUAGCUGAGAAACCAAUUAAAAUAAACACAAUGUAUUUAGAUACAACAUUUAUAGACCUAGUUUAUGAAAAUUUUCCAAAACGGUCACAGAGUAUAGACGCGAUGUUAAAGGAGAUUGAGAGUUGUUUGUUGACAGGUAGUGGUGUAGCAUUACAUACAUCAGCAAAGUAUGGUUAUGAAUAUGUAUUUAACAAGAUUUAUGAGAAGCUGGGAAGAAAAGUCUAUGUUAAUGAAGAUCGAUGGAGGUUUUAUAGAAAAAUAUCACAUCUAGUCCCUGGCGUGACGAACAACGAUAAUGAAACAAUCAUACAUUUAUGUACAAAACGCAACGAAAAGAAUCACUCAACCUGCAUACCAAGGAACUACCCUCAAUUUCUUUACAUUCAUCUCUCAGCGAUGAAAUGGAUGAAUAGUAACACAUUUAAGCCAAUUCAACGAAUGUCGCCAACGCGGGUGGACGUGUGUUUCGCAACGCACUGUAGUCGGAGUGAGAUAUUGGGUUUUGUCAAUUAUUUUAAACCGGAUAAAGUGAUUGGUUUUCCUAAUCCAUAUAUAGAGGAGAGAGGGCUGAAACGAGGAAAUAGUUUGAGGGAAGAGGGUAAAUUGGAAAGUAUGUUAGUGAAAAGGUUUUGUAGUUGAUGUUUAAUUUGGAAUCAGACCUUUGUAUGAGGCUUGCUUGAAAGGCUACAUUAAGAAAGUUUGUGUUCACACAAAGCUCAAAGACUUCUGGUCUCCAAUUUUCUAGAAAGUACUAUAUGAGAGAGCUCUAAGGACACGUGACAAUUACACCUACAAAUUUGGACAGAUUUGAAAACUAUGAAAUAUCUGGCUUCAUUAAUAUUUGUUAAUAAGAAUGUGAAUUAAAUAAUGCAUUUAUUUGAUAUAUAUGUAUUUAUAUUGUCUGACAAGACAGCUGGACCAAAUCCAGGAGGUUCUAGAGAAGGGACAGGCUAAAAGUACCCAUGACGAGUAAUUAAUUAACUGUCUAGAGAUUGAAUUAAGUCUCUGAUUUAAAUACUUUACUGCGACAUCUCUAUAGCCCAUUUAGUACUUUGUAAAAAACUACGCCUUUGUAAAAAAAUACAAUUUGCUUUAAUUAAUUUAACGUUUUAUUCUAAAUAAUUUAUUGUUGGCGUGAAAGAUUAGUAUUAUGUGAAGUAAUGGCUAUGUUUUAUCCCUUCUAUUGUGUCAAUAAUAUUUAAGAAAUGUAAAUCUAAUUAUAUUUAAUUAAAACUUA